UCGAAACUAAUAAUCUCGGUUGUCGUGAUAUUCGUGUAAAAAUCAAUGAUGGCGUCGAUUCGUUAUACUUUGAUGCCGUCUACCGGCACGCGGUAGUUUUACUUCGGUCGGUCGACACGGCGCCAUUACGCCGCAAAAUUGCUCUGUCUUUUCACUCGUCUCGGGUGAAGUUCGUGUACAAACGAGCAUCGGUAAUGGCGAAUUUGACGACAAACAAUUGUCUCAGCAUACUAAUUUAUCUACGAGCUCACAAUAAACAUUCACAUCGAUGUCCGUUGCGCAUUCUAGAAAUUUAUUUUUUGAUACGUACGUCUUGCAUAUUUUGGAAUGUUUAUUCGUUCGAAGCAUCGCGAAUGUCGGUAUAUAAAGUAUUAUAAAAUAUCAAAAAACUUUGGAGGAUCACUACGAUGCAUAAUCGAGAUAAAUAAGCCUGUUUGUUUACGUGAUAUUCCUGGAACUGGUCAAUAGCGACUCUCAUCACUCUGCUAUGUUUGUGUCGACGUCGCGCCGAUUCUCGGAAUUUCUACGCUGCUCGACGGGGUGCGUCGCGAUCAGGAGUGUCGAAUGAGUUUACCAGCGAGUAUUCACGUGUGUUGUCUAUUCGCUCGCUCGACGUUUUUUUUUAAUAUUCGUAACGGAUAUCAGUCGCGUAGUAUCGCCGCUCAUCUGAAAAAUUUGUUUAACCAAUAAUUCACGCGUUUUACAUUGUGUACUGUGCGAGUGUGAAGAAACGUCUGUAGUACCGAAUAAAUCUACGGACAAUCAAUUUAAUCUGUCAAUUAUUCCGCUCGACCGCGAUCGAAUCCGUUUUUCUAUUUGUCCAAGUUCCGUUGAAGUAAAAUGUAUUGACACACGUGUCACAUUAUUCCGCAUUAUUGGCGAGUGUGAUUGAACAACGCGAGUGUAACGGGAGUGUAUCGAGCAACGUGAGUGUGUAACAAAUGCAUCGAGGAACAUCAAGGAGCACCGAGGAGUAAUCGAGGAUCAUCGUAACAGAUUAAUCCAGAGAUCAAUCCGACUAUGUUGCUGUUCGUCUCCAACAUUCGGAUAAAAAUCUGAGCAAGCCGCUACCAUGGAUGCAGAGAGGAAAAAAGGGCUCUUGCUUCGAGAUGAGGGAUGAAAACAUAAUGCGGUGAUGCUGUAUGGCCAUAAAGAAGAUUUUCAAAUGUGUAUCCCACUUUGUCGUGCUUGACUUGAAUUAUUUUAACUCUCCAAAACCAAAGUUUCAGAAAAAUGGCUACGUUAUCUUGGAGGACUUCUUUCGACCGGAGGAGAUUGAAGAAUUGAAAUCUUGCGGAGAAGAGUUCACGAAUAAAUUACCACCUGAAUCGGAACGAAAGAUAUUUAAUACGAUAAAGCUGCAACAGAAUAAGGAUCAAUAUUUUUUGGAUAGUGCUAAUAAAAUAAGUGCUUUCUUCGAGGCUGAAGCUUUGGAAGAAGAUGGAAGAUUGAAAGUUCAUCCGAGAGUGUCGUUAAACAAAAUAGGUCACGCUCUUCAUUGGUUGCACCCCACCUUCAAAAAAUAUACCUUUGAUGAAAGAGUCAAGGAAGCUACUUUCCAAUUAGACUACCAAGAACCAGCAGUAUGUCAGUCGAUGUAUAUUUAUAAAAAUCCUGGAACGGGUUCGGAAGUUAUAAUGCAUCAAGAUGCAUCGUAUUUAUAUACCGAGCCAGUGAAACUUGUGGGUUUCUGGAUCGCAUUGGAAGACGCUACGCAGGAGAAUGGAUGUUUAUGGAUCGCUCCGGGUUCACAUCAAAGCGGAGUACACAGACGAUAUAUGAGAAACAAAGAUAAAAAUUCUCCAGAAUUAUUAAUUUACGACAGAGCAGCGCCCUGCUAUCCAUUGAGUAAUUUCAGACCAGUACCAGUACGCAAAGGAACCUGCAUCCUUAUCCACGGUCAAGUGGUCCACUUUUCUUAUCCGAACAAGAGCGAAACAUCAAGACACGCUUACACUUUCCACGUGAUUGAAACGAAACACGUAUCUUUCUCGAAAGAUAAUUGGCUUCAACCACCUACUGGAGGUUUUGCAAAUCUUUAUAGAAAUUAAAUACAUUUUAUU